AAUAAUCCUGUAGAACAAAAGUCACAACAUUUAAACUGCAAAUGGUGCUAAGUGACGUUUAGAAUGAAAUUAAAAUAUUAAAAUUUGAUGAACAGUGCUUUAUCAAUAUGACGGCAUACAGAGUGAUUUGGGAAAACGAAGAUGUCAGACUAGGUUGUUGCUCAGAAGAGUUUUCAAGACCAAAUUUCGAGGAAAAUGGGAUUUAAUAUCACGUUUAAGGCUGAAUAGUUUGUGUAGCUUGGGAUUGGUCUAAUCUGUUGUAUUGUCUGAGGGUGUAAUCAGCCUAAAUCUUGUGAUGAAGAAGAGGAAGAUUGUGACGUUGAUAAACUUUCUUUGCCGUUUAGGAUCUUUGUCACCUGCUUUAAGUUAAGAUAGAGAAUAUCAUGCGAUGUGGAAGAGUGAUGUUGUUUGCGGAAUUGAAUGCUUACGAAAGAAUGGGAACUUCUGCAAGUCAACACGGCGACCUUGCUUCCAACGAAUAUCUCCAAAAAUUUACCAGGAAAGAACAUAUAUCACCAAAUAAUCCAUUCUGGAAUAGAUUUUUAUCAAUUUCUUUCACACCCCCAGCAACAAGUUCAGAACAUCAUGCAUUAGACGAGCGAAUUGAUGCAACAUGUCGCCAGUUACUUGCAAACAAUCUGCAGUCUGGUAACUUUGGCUCACUGCUUCAUGUUUUCCUGAGUCGAGCCUCAGAGCUGCUUGCCUCAGCACAGACUGACAAUAACAUGUUCUGUUGGCAGACUUACAAUGCACUAUUUAUACUUCGUUGUAUCACCAAAUUCUUUGUGGAGAACUUGAAAGAAGAAGAUUUGGUACGCCAGUUUGAGGCUUGCCCAGCCCGACAGCCUGAUG